AUGGUGCCCUCGCAAUGGCUGCAAUUAUGCCGGACGGUUUUUGGUGCAGGAAAGCUCCAGAUCGAUGUGGAGCGCUCUCGACCCACCUCGGAAGUUGGGUACACGUGGUUCUCGAUGGCGUUUUGGAUUCUGGCGAUUUACCGCUUUUGCAGUGCAUUGACAGGCGGAAAUGCUUUUAGUUUUUACUCGAUCCAAAGUAAAGUUCAUGAGGUGCAAAAGGUGACGAUUCUUUCAAUGGGUACAUUUACGCUGUCAUUUCGCGGGACUAUCGCGGCCGGCGCUGGUGGAGCCACUACUGGUACGAUGUUUAAGACGACACUGGAAUCUCUUGAUAGUAUUGGGACUUUGUCGUGUCUUCUGUCAGAACAUUUUGGAAGGAGGGCUGAAUCGACUCCACAAACCGUAGCAUCAGUGGUAGAAACUCAGACUGGCAUUACUAAUUUUUUUACAGAAGUGAUCAUUUUUUUCUGUACUGCGAGUGUUGGAACAGUACGCUUCACCUUUAACGCAAAGCAUGCAGAUGUUGGAUUUAUUUCGGCAAUGGGUGAUGUCGAGACAAAUUUGUUAUCCCUAUUGAUGUUAAAGCUGAAAAUUUUAGGGUGUCAAGUUGAACGCAGACGCUGGUAUAUACGGAUGCCUCAAGUAUACGAUGUCUACACCCUCAGCAUGAGUGGGACCUUUCAAAUCGGCUAUCAAGGUUGUUCCACUCGAUAUCUAAUAGCUGAGUCUAGCGCAGAUCAAGCUCGUUUUGCUUUGGAAGUUCUCGAGAUGUACCAAAGCUGCAUCCUUCUGAUGCUUUUGUGCGAAUCACUGGAUGACGCUGCGACAAACGCUACUAUCUUCCUACGCAGACGUCCGUCCAAGGAGCUUAUUAGCGGGCAACCGGAGUCGAUGUCAAGCGAACAACACAAGCGAUCCUACCUUGUGCUUGACUGUAACGUUUAUGUGGUGGCCACGAAAGUACGAGCCGGCGUUAUGCCUUUAAAUUGUGUCGGUAGUCACAUUGUGCCAUCGAUCGGUGCGUUCGUUGGACCUAAAUUAGGAUCUGAAGUUGAGCCUCCCGUCGGACCUGAAGCUGGACCUAAAUUAGUAUCUGAAGUUGAACCUGAUGUUGGACCUGACAAUCCAAUCGCCGCUCCAUUAAGAUCGGCACUGAAAAGCACAACUACGACCACGAAAGAUAAAAAAGUAAAAAUAGUCAGUUUCAACGAACUCGCUAACGACGUCAAACUUUACACACCCGAUGAAAUCGAGGCUUAG